CUACGACAUUACUGAGCGAGUUUGUCCCUCUGUGCGUGCCGUAGUCCCAGCUUUUCCCUGCGCGCGUACUACCGUCCUAGAUAGUAUGCUGAACUAGUGCGCAUGCGUAAGCAGUGGACGGGUUUUCAUGCACUAUUUAGUAAACAAGUACGCAGGGGGUUUCGGACGGAGCCGCUCUCACAUGACACUUUCUUGUGACCAACAUUCCAGACUUUUAGGAAUAUUUUUCUCUUUAUUUAAAGUGAGGGAGAGACAGAGAGAGCGCGUGAAAGAAAUGUCACGUUAGGGGAAAAAAUAAAGUUUUUUUUAUGUUAAAAUCGUGAUUUUUAAACGCUCAAGUGAGACAGGAGUAGUGACCUGAGUUUGGAUUAAGAGUGUCUCGGUUCGACGCGGGGAUGGACGGAGGAUGGCGUGUCUCUGAUAAAGACCCGGUUUAAUCAGAACCAAGUCCCUGAAUCAUUCAGCAAUGAUGGCUGAGACACGACACACCGAGAGCUCACUCUGCAGUUGUUUCUUCCUGUACGAUCGCUCUAAAGUGCGUGAGGAAGGUGAUCUGACCCGCGCCGGCAUCUACUACUACUACCCUGAACACACUCCGUUGGAUCAGCAGGAGUUAGUGUGUGGUCAGCUGGCAGGUGUGAGUCGCUGUGUGUCAGAGAUUUCAGCGUCUCCAGUCCGUCUGCUCCGUCUGCGCAGGAGCAAAUACGCCAUCCGCAUGAGAGACGACUUCCUCUGGGCUCUGAGCUGUGUAAACGAUCUCCCGGAUGUCAGUAUGUGUGAUUUUCUGGAUCAGAUGAUUGAUCUGUUCUGUUUCUAUAACGGCUCGGUGCGUCGCAGCUAUCAGCUCCACACUCAGGAGGAACUGGCUGUAUGCUGGGCUCGUUAUCUCUCCCACCUCCAGGGUGGCGCUACUGAGCUCCACCACAUCUUCACCUGCCUCACAACCAUCGACUACACACAUAUUGACCCGUUGUUGUUGAUGAAGGCUGCUCUGAUCCUGCAGGUGUGUCAGCGCUGCCCCCUGGUGUUAGCAGGCUGUAUCCUCCACCGUGGCAGAAUGGUGAGCACACAGAUGUCUCCAGAGCUGACGAUGAAGGUGAUGGUGCAUGAAACAGAGACGUACGGCCUACAGGAACAGAAAAAGCCAACCAGUGGGAGGAGCUCUUUUCUGGCUACACCCAAUUGUACGACCACAACAUCAGUGUAUCUGACGCAGUCUGAGCUGCACACACUACGCCGCCCUCUAGUGGACAACUCCGCAUCCUGCAGAUCCGAAUCUCCCAAGCGACCAUUGAAGCCCCGCCUCCUUUCUCGCACUCUUUCCGACACUCCAAUCACUGACCCAUCGUCCAGUCAGAUGCUGGCGUCCUCCCCUGACUCCUCCCUCUCUGAUGAUGCGAGCUUCAGCUUGUGUCCCUCAUUAGCGAGCACGCCGUUUCGCUCCAGUGUAGCGAGCCAGUCAGAAGGAGUAGACGCUGCCGAGUCACAUGACCACGACCUGGCCAAUGAGAUGCUUGUGUUUGAGGGUUCAGCAGCAUCAGGUAAAGGUGAGGACGGUGAGCAGGAGCAGGUCGAUGAUGUCAGCGCCGGGUAUCGGAACCACAGCAGCAGCGAGGACGAGAAUCUCCUAGCUCUCAGAGACGACGAAGAGAAGGAGGAGGAAGGGGCAGGGCAAGCGACCGACAUCAGAGAGGAGCGUGUGAGGGUGUGUGAGGAGCGUGACGUGGUUCUCGAGCCCAUGCUGCUGUACGAGCACCGGGUCAGAGGGCUUGUACUUGUACUGCUGGUGGAACCUGGCUUCGAGACACACCCUAACGCCAAACAGGAAGUGUACCACAGUAGUCUGGCAUCCCUGAACGGACUCGAGGCUCACCUGAGGACGAUUACACCUGCGUCUGAGAUUCCUGCGGCGCCGUACACUUUCGCCCACUAUGACCACAUCCAGAACACACUCACCACAAACAUGUGUGGUCCUUCUACAGGACCUCAGGAUCGGCCGUUUGUGAAAGCCACAGCUCUGUUGCACUCGCACUUCUCACACAUGGACAUGCUACAGGAAGCCAUUAUCAGGAGCGCCGGCUGUGCUCUCUACGCCACCCGCACUGCUGCUCAGGAGACCUUCUUCGUCCAGCAGGGGGCGCCCGCAAGGAAUUCUGGGAUACCGAAUGGCCAGGACAGCGCCUUCUCUCUGCCGAGUAAAGCUCGCCAUCGCUUACUCAAACAUGGAGUCAACCUGCUCUGAGCUACAAACACUCACACACACACACACGGAUGCCUGUAAUCAUUAAUGACCUUUAUACAGAGGUUGAGUGUAUUAGCUACAUAGUAACUAAUAAACUAGCACCCUAGUGUAUGUGCACUACGUAGGGUAUGACGUAAAGCCUCCUACACACUUCAAGGUGUCUAAAUUCACUCCCUACUGUAUACCGAGGUUAUGAGUUAAAUACCUCAAUGACUAGCUAACACCUUUUUAGCCCACAUUCUUAUGAUUAUUUGAUUUUCUUAGUUUGUGGUGUGUGUGUGUGUGUAGUGUGCAUUUCCUACUAAAACAUACACACUUUCAGAAAAAAACGAUUACUUAACCGUACCGUUUGUUGUUGCUGGAAUGGUACUUUCAGUACCGUUAGUAUCUUUUUCCAACUGUGCAUGCAGUUAAAAUAUUUCCACAUUUCCAAGUGAAAGAUAGACACUGAAGGUACUAAAGGUAAGCGUAAACACCCCAGCAACAAGGACUAGAAACUGUUUAGUACCCUUAUUUUCCUCAGAGUAUAAAAGCAUAUUGUUGUUUUAAAGCUUAUUUGUAAUGAAUGUUAAAUAAAGAUAAAUAUUUGUACUAUAAAACGUAGUGUUACUGAUGAAUUCAGGUCAAAAAAAUAAAUGUUUGUUGUUGUUUGUUGUAA